AUGGCAUUUACUACCUCGCCAGAUAAGCCUGUUCCUCACUUCGACCCUGCUGGGGAUAUGGGCGAAUUUACCUACGCUGUCUCGCAAAUGCCUCCGGGCAAGGCAUACAUGGCUGCAGGCACCACUUGCACCUGGCCCCAAUUCCUCGAGACGUGGGCUAAGGUCAAUGGCGUCAAAGCUAGCUACAAGCAAGUCACACCAGAAGAGAUGAUUGAAGCUACACCGGAUCGCGAAGCUGGUACUGAGGUCGCUGCUAUGUUCUCGUAUUCAAGUGAUCCAGGCUACGAUGGCGGUAUGAACUUAUUGUCGGCGGAUGACCUUCGGAAGGCUGGUAUUGACUGUCCGCUUACAACUUGGGAAGACUGGGCGAAGAAGCACGAUUGGUCUUCCGUUCUGAACAAGUAG